AUGCAUAGCGACAUCGCUCCAACUUUCACGCACGCCAACACCCGUCGUCGACCUAUAGCUAUUAUAGCACUAUAUGGCCGUAGUAUCCGCAUUCACUGCGGCGCGACCCGUGUAUUUCUGAAUCCCAACCCAUAUGGUGUCUCCUCCGAAUGUUCAACACCAUCGACGUCAUUCUUUUGCCUGUUGAAUCGCCUAGCCAUGGCCGACCUCCAACCGGAUGAGUCCAACGAUUCGGGCAGCCUCAAACCCCCGACCGUGUCGCCAACUCCGCGCGGGAAACGCAAGAGAUAUACGCCCGUGGCUUGCGAUGAAUGCAAGAAGCGCAAGGGUAAAUGCGACAGCCAAAUUCCAUGCCAACGCUGCCGCGACAGGGUUGUCACCUGCACUUACAACUCGAGAUUAGCCACCAUGCCUUUGCAGAAGGAAAGGCACGUAUUAUCAUCUGCCCAUUGCCUGCAUUAUACUGUGUGUACGUGUCUGACCUCCUUCAGAGACCUCGAUGCCUUGAACGAGAAGAUCGAGAAAAUGCAAGAGCAAAUUGAUCGCCUCAUUGCAGACCGACUCCCGUCCGGUUCAUCAGGCAAACAUCAAUCGACUGUCUCAACGACGGCUUCCAUCUCACCCUCCCAAGGCCUAAAUACCACCGACUUGACGGAUCAGUCGGACCACAAUGGAGCCUUGGUCAACUCAUCCGCUACUUCACACGCCAGACUGCCCGAAUUCCUUGGUCCGACCAGUUCAUCAUUCCUCUUCCGAAUGGCGACAGAUUCUUUGGCAAGCGCUGGAAUACAUACCCCAGUAUGUACAAAGCUCGAGGUGGAACCUCUCCCAACAUCGGCCAAGGUCAAACGCCAAGAUACAAGCUCCGCGAAUCGUGGUAUGGAAAACCCACUGUGCACCAUCCCUCGGAAUGAAGCGCUGCGAUUGUUGCAAGUCUAUGAUGAAGAGUACGGGUCAAUCUAUCCCUUCAUCGACAAGACAGUCUUGCACCGCGCGGCUCAAUGCUUUUACGAUUGUGUCGACAUGGCAUCUCCCUCGUCUACGAAAACCUACCAAAAGGAUGAAAAUACCCUCUCCGAUGGUAUAUGGGACAUCCUGAAGCUAGUUAUCGCCAUAGCUGCAACCAUAGAGAGUCAUGGGCCCAAUGAACUGAGUGCAAAGCUUCUCAACAGCGUUGAGUCCGGCUUUGAUAUUCGCGUCUUGGGGGAGAAAGUUGAGCUUCUUGAGAUACAGGCCUGGACUGCUAUGAGCAUCUUGCAAUUCCACUUGGACGAGGAGGUCCUCGCUUGGAGAACCAUCGGUCUCGCUGGCAGAGCCGCGAUCGAACUAGGCCUCCACCGGCGUGAGACCUACUCGAUACGCUUCUCUGACGACGAGCAACGCCUGCGAGCCAGUCAACUCUUUUGGUCUAUAUACAUACUCGACAGGCGAUGGAGUUUUAGCACUGGACGCUCGUUCGCCAUUCCGGAGUGUGAUGUAGAUCUGGAUCUUCCCAAACUGAGCAGCUCAGACUCCUACCUCCUCUCGAUCAUGGUGGCGUACGCGCAACUGGAAUCAAAGCAAUGGUAUCGAAGUCUCAAGCCCCAAUAUCAACUACAACCGACUGAGGCGAACAUGCUGCAUGGAUACACUCGGAGCGAGAACAGGAUUCGUUUACUGUUUUACUUCAAUGUCAAUCAGCUACAACUCUUCAUCUUCCGCCAGGAACUUCUGAAUUCCCACGCCAUGAACGAGGACCUGCUGAAUGCCACGUUCGCUGUUGAAGCAGCAAAAGACAAUAUUCGGCUGCUGCAAAAAGUGAGCCAAAUGGCAGACUUUUAUUCGACACAGCAAGCUCCAUUCAAUCACUUCCUGGUCUCCGCACUGGCGGUCCUUUUCCUAGCCGUUUGCCACGCCCCAUACCAAUUCAAAAACGCUUGUCGUGAAGAAUUCAUAAUGGCACUUGAGCUCAUCCAGGGCUUCUCUUUCGAGUCUCACGUGGGAAAGAGGCUCUGGAAACGGGUUCAGCACCUCAAAGAAAUUAGUUUGAGUCUGGGUCUGCUGCCCAACAAAACCCAAACAGAUGGUUUCGUGUCUAUGGAACAAGAUCAGCACGUUCAAACGCGACAGCCGCCCGUCCACUCUCAAAUGGGGCCGCCUUCUGCGAACGAGAUGAUUGAUCCGUACCAACUCACCAGUGACUUGACGACCAUGUUCGAUACAAUGCAGCAACCUUACAGAUGGCCAGCGGCGGACGAAGUUGUGCUGGAUCAGGUCGAUAAAUAUCAUCAGACAAUGAACCGAGAGCUGUCAAGAGACCUUUUGGACUUAUUCUAG